AUUAAGUAUAUCAAUUUCUCACGCCCACACGCAUUUCACUCUUUGUUUCCAAAAUUAGGGUAAAAGAGAAAGAAAAACCAAACGCAAAAACAGGAGACCAUUGAUCGAUCAGUGUGAUCCCAUUCCAUCACUUUCCCAUAUAGUCUUCUCCCUCCACUGAUCAUAAAAUGACGAUUCUGCCCUCGUUCCUCAGCCCCGUAACCCUGUGGGGCAUCUACGUCCGCCGCUGCUUCGCCGCCUCCGGCCUCUCGCAGCAGUCUAUGAAGAUCGACGACGACACCACCCUCCACUUCUGGGGCCCCAACCCGAAUUACCAAACUAGCCCCAACCAAAACCAAAAGCCCUCCUUGGUCCUCAUCCACGGCUUCGGACCUGCCGCCAUGUGGCAGUGGCGGAAGCAGGUCCAGUUCUUCUGUCCCAUAUUCAACGUCUACGUCCCCGAUCUGGUCUUCUUCGGCGGCUCGACCACCACGUCACCGAACCGGGCCGAAACGUUUCAGGCGGCCUCGGUGGCAAAGCUGCUGGAGAAGCUGGGCGUGGAGAGGUUCAGCGUGGUGGGGACCAGCUACGGCGGGUUCGUGGCGCACCACUUGGCGAGGACGUGGCCGGAGAGAGUCGAGAAGGUGGUGAUCGCCAGCUCAGGGGUCAACAUGAGACGGAGAGAUAGCGAGGCACUGCUCAACAGAGCUGACGUCGACAAAAUUGAGGACCUCAUGCUUCCGGCCACCGCCGCGCAGCUCCACAAGUUGAUGGCUCUCGCCAUGUUCAAGAAACUUGACAUGAUCCCCCAAUUUUUCAUGAAUGACUUCGUACAGAAAUUGUACUCGGAUAAAAGGAAGGAGAAGAUGGAACUUUUGAAGGGAGUGACAAUUGGAAGAGAUGACAAAGCAAACAUAUCUCCUCUUCAUGAUAAGGAGGUUUUGAUAGUGUGGGGAGAAAACGACCAGAUAUUUCCUCUGGAGAUGGCUACUGAGCUGAAGCAACUUCUGGGGACAAAAGCGAGACUGGAGGUGAUCAAGAACACAUCACACAUUCCCCAGAUUGAAGAUGCUGUACAGUUCAACAACAUUGUACAAAACUUCUUGUGCGAGGACUGAUCGAGUCUGGAACUGUAACUUGCUGUUAGGCUGGGACAUUGGGGGGGAGAGGGAGGUUUUGGGCUGGGCUGUGGAUUUGAAUGGGUGUGCUGCGCUGGUAUUAUAUCCAUUUUCCGAGCUGGACUGGUAUUAGAUUCCUUUUCUAAGCUCGGUUGGACUGUCUUAUUGGCUCGUAUUAUAAGUUGGGCUGAUAUCUAUUUAUAGUUUCUAAUUUCUCUUUCGAAAGGAAUUUAUAGUUUCUAAUUAUUUCA